AUGACAGCAGGGGCCCCCAAAGUAGAGUGCACGAGGGACUUCUGGGGGCCCAGGACGCAGAGGUGGGAGCUGUGGGCCCCGGCCACCCUGACGCUCCUCUCUGCACAGGCCUUUCCAAAGCGGACAUCACCUGUUUCCUCUCUGCCCCCAGCCAUGCCAGCACUGCCCCAGGCUUCCCUGUGCCCGCUGUUCUGGAUGGAGUUCAAAGGCCACUGCUACCGAUGUUUCCCUCUCAAUAAGACCUGGGCCGAGGCUGGCUUGUACUGUUCUGAGUUCUCCGCCAGCAGGAAGUACACCAAACUGGCCUCCACCCACAGCUGGGAGAAUGUCUUCAUGAGUGAACUCAUGAACAGCUGCGUUCCUGAGAUCCCAGCUGACACCUGGACGGGCCUUCACGACCACAGACAGGAAAUCUUUCUAAACCAUCUUCUACAUUUCCCUGCUUUCUUAAACGGAAGAUACCAAGAGGAUUCGUCUUCUCUUGAUGACUCAGGGUCAUGUGGGCUGCGUCUACCUCAGGCCAGCCCAUUGCCAGCCCCAGCCACGGGCUUUACGGAGAAGAGUGUUGUUGCAAAAGGGGCCCCCUAA